UGUUUAGCAGCAGAGGAAGUGCCUUCUUUCACGCGAUGGCAGACGACACGAAAGACGACAGCGGCGUCGAUCUCAACAGCAGCCUCACAGCCAUGGACUGGCUUGGCCAACUGAACGUGCGCACGCUCGCCAACGGCAAAUCGCAGCCGACACUCAAAGUCGACUCACCGUCCGACGCCAUGCGCACAGUAGGAGCCAUACGCAAGCCCCCAGAGCCAAUAGACCCGCACGCGACGCUCAGUCAGGACGACAUAGCGCGUUAUCGCGACGGCAAGCCUCCGUUCAGCUACGCCAUGCUCAUAACAUACGCAAUCAACAGCAGCGCGGCGAGAAAAAUGACGCUGAGCGAGAUCUACGCCUGGAUAUGCGAUAACUUUCCGUUCUAUCGCGAUGCGGGCAACGGCUGGAAGAACUCGAUUCGUCACAAUCUGUCGUUGAACAAAUGUUUUGUGAAGACGCCGCGUCCGAAGGACGACCCGGGGAAGGGGUCUUACUGGUCGAUUGAGGUUUUACCGGGUGAGGAUCUUUCACCGUCAAGACAGCGUAGGAGGAAGCCAAGCGACCGGCUGUCACCGACACCUUACAGUCCGGGUGUGGCAGGUGGUACAUCCACUCCAUCGGGUUCCCCCGCCCCUGCAUCUCCUACUCUCGCUGCCAUCAACGCUCACUGCUCGCCAAAUGUGUCGCACAAUUUCGUAACAGGGAAUGGGUAUGUUCCGGUCACGAGUAGUCCUCUUGUCGUCGAAAGCAGCCCGACGCUGCAAUCUUCCAUGCAGCAGAAUAGAAAAACUUCGUUCAUGGAGACUGCCGUUUUCGAUGAUUUGAGUGCCUCGUUCAAGGCUCUCUACAAAUCAGUCUUUGAGACUAACCAGGCGGCGAAACCUGAAGGUUCGUUCUCACCACCUGUCGGACCGUUUGGUACCAUUCCAGCUAUGCCACACGACCAAGGUAAAUACGAGUCUCCAUAUCCGUCACCUCCCAUGCAAGCGUCUCCGAAUGCACACGCACAUCACCACCAACACCCACAUCACCCUCAUCACCAUCGGGAGCAGCAGCAAUCAGCAUUUUUACAGCAAGAAAUGCUGAGUUUUUUGGACAGUUUCAGUGGUGCGGCGGAGUCCGGUAACUGGGACGGUGUCGACAUGCUGCAGUUCCAACGAAUGAUGGACAAUUUGAGAGCAGAGGGUGGACAGCUGGGUCUCGACCAAUCGCAAUACAGUGACCUCCAGAUGUCGUUCAACCAGUUCUUUGCACAGCAGGGUCUAUUACAAAGCAGCCAAAACAGCACUGUCUCAAACGGUCUAGCCAGCUCAUCACACAGCCUUCAAGCGACUCCGAGUCCCGCAGCGUCGUAUCUCGGUUACCAGGCGUCACCACAUCAUCAUUCUCCGUCUCCGUCAAGAAGUCCGAUUAUGUCUCGGUCACCUCAGAUCCAACCAAACAUCUCGGGUCACUCGUAUUCCCAGCAAGUGCCUGGUGUUCCUCUCCACCAUCUCAUCUCUCCGAGUGUGAGUAGUAAUAACAGUGUGAGCAGUGACCAACCUCCGCCCAUACGAUUUCACUCAGAGGCUUCCGAUCUUCUCGACGAUGACGACGAAGAGGACACGUUCGACUGGUCAUCGAUCUUGUAGACAUCAAACAAGGCCGUGUAAAUAUGUAGUUAUAUAUUUGUUGAUAUCAACUGGCUAAGGUCUGGAUUCAUUUUUGAAAUGGGUGUGAAAUUUAUUAUUGGCAGCUUCUGCAUAGAUAAGACAUGCUUUGAUUUAGUAGUUGAGGUGAGAGUUUUGCACGAUGGCGGUUGGGUACUAUACCGCGUGAGGCUAUGGUCGGCCUGUUGUUACUAUGUUCGUAAUAAACAUAACUGAUGGUCGUUAAUAGAUCAAGCGUGUACAC